ACCUCUUUCGUAAACAUUGACUACUGCUAGCCAAGUGUUGUUGAAGUGAACGCUAGACGGGAAAAUGUUGAGAACUUCUGCAUUUUUUUCUUCUCUUGGUAGAAGAUCAAUUGUUGGAAACUUCAGAUAUGCAAGUUCAGCAGCAGCUCAGAAGAAGACAGAUGAGCAAAAGGCUUCACCAAGCAAAGCCCAGGAGUCAAAGUCAUUUGCCAUGAACAUUUUCAGAGGGAUUGUAAAAACAGACCAAGUUUUUCCUUUCCCAGAAGUGUUGGAUAAUGAACAAAGUGAAACCUUGAAGAUGCUUGUGGAUCCAUGUGCCAAGUUCUUUGAAGAGGUUAAUGAUCCUCAGAAAAAUGACAGCCUGGAGAAAGUGGAAGAGCCUGUUAUGGAGGGAUUAAAGGAGAUGGGAGCUUUUGGUCUGCAAGUGCCUGUUGAUAACGGUGGUCUUGGCCUGACUAACACCCAGUAUGCUCGUUUGGUGGAAAUUGUUGGGUCACAUGAUCUUGGUGUUGGAAUCACAUUGGGUGCUCAUCAGUCUAUAGGUUUCAAAGGAAUCAUUCUGUUUGGAACACAAGAACAGAAAGACAAGUAUCUCCCUGACCUAGCAUGUGGUAAAAACAUGGCUGCUUUUUGUUUGACAGAACCAAGCAGUGGCUCGGAUGCUGGUUCCAUCAAAACCAAGGCAGUUCUUUCCCCUGAUGGCAAACAUUACAUCCUGAAUGGCAGUAAAAUUUGGAUCAGUAAUGGAGGACUUGCAGAAAUCUUUACUGUAUUUGCUAAGACACCUGUUAAGGAUGAGAAGACUGGAGCAACAAAGGAGAAAGUCUCUGCCUUCAUUGUGGAGAGGUCUUUUGGAGGUGUUUCCAAUGGGCCUCCCGAGAAAAAGAUGGGAAUUAAAGCCUCCAACACAGCUGAGGUUUACUUUGAGGAUUGCAAGGUUCCUGUAGAAAAUCUUCUUGGAGGGGUUGGAGAUGGAUUCAAGGUUGCCAUGAAUAUUCUGAACAAUGGAAGAUUUGGUAUGGCUGCAGCUCUGUCAGGCACCAUGUCAUCCUGUAUCAAGAAAGCUGUUGAACAUGCUUCUCAGAGGAAACAGUUUGGUGAUCUAAUCAGUAACUAUGGGGCGAUACAGGAGAAGAUUGGCCGUAUGGUGAUAAUGCAGUACGUCACCGAGUCCAUGGCUUACAUGCUCUCUGCCAAUAUGGACCAAGGCUCCACAGAAUUCCAGAUAGAGGCUGCAAUCAGCAAGAUUUACGCUUCAGAAGCUGCAUGGUUUUGUGCUGAUGAGGCAAUCCAAAUUUUGGGAGGAAUGGGAUAUAUGAAGGAUUGCGGCUUGGAGAGAGUGAUGAGAGAUUUAAGAAUUUUCAGAAUUUUUGAAGGAACCAACGACAUUCUCAGACUUUUCAUUGCUCUAACUGGAAGUCAGUAUGCUGGAAACUACCUCAAAGAACUGAAGAAAGCCAUGUCCAACCCCUUAGGUAACAUUGGAAUGUUCUUGGAGUAUGGCAGCAAAAAAGUACUCAAGUCAAAAGCUGAUGAUAAUGGAGCUAAAGCUCUUAUCCAUCCUUCACUAAUGAACUCUGCUGACCAGACUUUUGCUGCUAUUGGUGAUUUUGGAUCUACUGUAGAACAACUUCUUAUGACCCAUGGCAAAAAUAUCACCAACCAGCAGUUCCUACUCAAGAGAGUUGCAGACUCAGCCAUUGAUAUCUAUGGCAUGGUUUCUGUCCUUUCAAGAGCCUCAAGGUCACUCAAAGAAGGACACAGUUCAGCUGACCAUGAGGCAACUAUUACCAAAGUAUUCUGUAAUGAGGCCAAAGCUAGAGUUGACACAAACCUACUGGCUUGCCAUGCUACAAAGGGUGAAAAGGAAAAUUUCAAUGGGCUUGAGAAGAUUUCCAAAGAUGUGGUUGCAAAUGGAGGGCUUCUACAGAAACAUCCACUAGGAUUCUAAGGAUUUUUUUCUUACUUACAUCAGGGAGGACAAUUUCAACACAGUGCACUGUUACAGUAUUUCUGUCAACUCAUUUUAUGUUUGAUUCAUCACAGAAAACUUAUUUACGUAACUUAAAAAAGGGACUUGUUAUUUUAUAAUACAACAACCUUUUUUCCAACUUGUAUCCUCAUAUAGAUGUGACUAGUUUAUGAUUGAACUACAUGUAUUUUUGUAUUCAGUAGUUACGUUUGUAUUUUGCUUGUUGAAUUCACCCUCUCUGAUUGUGACAUGAUUGUCUUUCUAAUUCUGUAAUGAGUUGUGGCUUUAUGUAUUACCUCAUCAUAUACCAUUUAAAGCCUUCAUGCAUGAAUACUUUAUGUUUCAUACAUCUGACAAUGACACUCUGUUUUAUUCAGGUUUAUGUUUUUCCAUUUUGUAGAUCUUGAAGAUAACCUGUGAUAAGAAUUAUUUCAUUUGCUGGUGAUAAAUGUUUCAUUUUUGAAUAUAUAUAUUUUGUAAGAAUGGUACCUGUACAAUUUAUGUGCAGUAGAAUUUUGGUAUGAUUUUUUUCCUGGUGAAUAUUUGAUUGUUAGAUCAUAUGUAGACUUAACUGAACAAGGUAGUUUAUACUAGUACACAUAUAGUUGUAGUAUAAGUAGAUUGAUUUCUUUUUGCAUCCUUUGAGGUACAUGUACAAUGUAUUUCUGACAUUUUUAUUUGAAAGUGGAAAAAUAUUACUGUCCAAAACCUUGUGUAUUUAGUUUUAAAAAAGAAUAUCAAGAGCUGUUAAAAGAGCAGAAGUGUUAAAUGCAACUUGCCACAUUAGAUAAUGUCAAUUUUUUAUUUAUUGGAAAAUGUGUGAACUGUUAAUGAAUGAAUCUCGAGAAAUGAGGCAGUGAGAAAGAGGCAUAAUAUCUGUGUACACCCAAUCAAAGUUCUGCAAUGCCCAGCAAUGCAAUUUGUAAUAUAAAGUUUUUCUGCGGGAUUUUAGAACAAAAUUAUUGAUUUUUAAGCAGAAAGCCAAUAAGUUUAGCAUGAAUGUGAAAUGUUUGAAUGUGGAAUCACAUUGAUUUACCACUAGAAAUUGUAUAUUUAAAAUUUGUUGUGAUGGCACUCUGAUAUUUAAAGCAAUGAAUAUUGGGUUCUUCAUCAGUUGUAUAAAGUUUCAUUUGGUGUAAAUAAAUUUUCUAGCAAAA